GUAAUUUGGGAGCAAUAGAGAGGUCAUUGUACAUGGUGAUUGUGUCUUUUCAUAUUCAAAUUCCAAACACUCAAAGAGUCACAGCUAGGUGACAGAGCAACAUAUUGAGAGUUGAGACAACGGGGAAUAUAUGGAUUGCAACAAAGAUGAGGCAGCUAGGGCCAAGGAAAUAGCUGAGAAGAAAUUUUCUCUAAGGGAAUAUGCUGGUGCAAAAAAGUUGGCUCUCAAGGCUCGGAAUUUGUAUCCUGCACUGGAGGGUCUUCCCCAGUUUCUGUCAAUUCUGAAUGUUUAUAUCUCUGCUGAGAAUAAAAUAAAUGGACAAAUGGAUUGGUAUGGUAUACUUGGGGUGGAUCCCUUUGCUGAUGAGAAGACAAUUAGAAAGCAAUACAGGGUAUUGGCUCUCAGUCUUCACCCUGACAAAAAUAGGUCUUUAGGUGCAGAGGGUGCAUUUAAGCUUGUUUCAGAGGCAUGGAGCUUACUAUCUGAUAAGGCCAAGAGACUAGCAUACAACAACAUCAGGGGUUUGGGUGGACUUCAGCAUAAUGCUCGCAACCAUGUUGGGGCUCAAUCCAAAGCACCCAGUUCAAGUGGUUCUAAUAAUCCUAAGAAGAAUGCAACCUCAGAUGGGAGAACUGGAAAUAAUAAUGCCCGGGCACCACCUUCACCCUCCAUUCCUCGUCCACAUAAAAUGCCGGGUACCUUUUGGACUGUGUGUAGGUGCAAGGUACAUUUUGAGCAUCUCAGGGUUUAUUUGAAUCAAACUAUCCUAUGUCCCAAUUGUAAGGAAGCUUUUAAGGCUAUAGAGAAGAGUCCGCCUCCUAAUGCUGUUAAGUCAUCUUAUUCGGCUUCUCGGCAACAUGAUCAGAAGUCUCAACAUCAUGCUGGAAAGAAUCACCCCAUCAAUCCGGGAAGAGCUUCUGCAGUUUCUCAAGACAAGAAAUCCAGCAGUUCUGCAGGCAUUUCUUCUUUUAACAAUAUAAGCUUCCAGCGUGGUCCUCCCUCAAGAAUGCCUGGUUUUGUUGGUCCAGAUGGAUCGUCGUCUGUUACUGCUGCAAGUUUUAAGCAGCAUUCAGGCGAGAAAAGAAAAUUUGAAGGAGCUGCAUCAAUUACUUCGCGGGAGAAGAAUAACCCCAUCAAUCUGGGAAGAACUUCUGCCGUUUCUCAAGACAAGAAAUCCAGCAGUUCUGCAGGCAUGCCUUCUGCAGUGUCAAUUCGUGCUUAAAACAUAGAUUUUCCGUCCUUGUUAAUAGUCUGCUAGAAGGGGAAAAUUAAGGUCAUAUGACUGUAAAAAUCCCUUUCCUCUAGCUAUUUGCAGAACUUGCAAUCCUUGAACUUUUCCAUUCUUGGGUCUUCAUGUUUCCGGGAGAGUAGUGAUGGUUGAGUUGGGUAUGUGGUUGCUGGGCCAGUGUGGCUGUUAGGGGAGUAAGGACUGGGGAUCUUUAUCAGUUGGUCUUUGGUUGUUUAAUGGUUUCAAUUGCUUUCUAAGACUUCUAAUGAUUGGUUAUUGAAAUGGGUGGAACUAUAUAAAAUUCUUUAGAGAGUGAGAAUUGUGUGUCAUAAAAAAGUAGAAAAUCCUGAACUGGGCUCAGUAUUAAAAGAGAAAGAAACCCAAAGAUGAAUAAAACCAUUGGAAAAGUAAUGGUAAUGAGUUAAUGAUGAUAAUGUGCAAGAAAAGU